UAUAUGUUUCCUCAUUCCUUCGCGAUUUGAUUCCUAUCUCCACCUUUCUCUAAUAUCUUUGUUUUAACAUGGCGGCGCAGAUGGCGGUAAAUUCAGGAGCCAGUCUGUGGGGGCCGCUGAAGGAGCUAUGGGACACAGUGGAGGGUGCAGUGUGGAGGAGGCAACCAGAGAGCGUCCACCUCCUAGACCUUCAACUCAAGAAACACAAGCCCAAUUUCCUCUCACUCUACAAGAACCCGCCAAAGAGUGCAGAGCAGAGGGAGAAGGUGCGGAAAGCCAGCACAGAGGGCAUUGCCAUCCAGGGCCAGCAGGGGUCACGUCUCCUCCCCGAGCAGCUGCUUACAGAGGCCUUCAUCUUGAGUGACCUCUUUGACAUUGGAGAGCUGGCAGCCCUGGAGCUGCUGUUGGCAGGUGAGAACCAGCAGCCCCACUUUCCAGGUCUGAGUCGGGGGCUGGUUGCAGUGCUGCUGUACUGGGAUGGAAAGCUCUGCGUGGCCAACUCCUUGCGCUCGCUCAUCCAGUCCCGCCAUGGCAAGACCUUCACCUUGGAAUUAAGUGGGGAGCUGGUGGCCCUCACCACACGCUUCACAGAUGAGCUGAUGAGCCAGGGCCUGACGAGACGCCUACUGACGCUGGUGUCAGAGAUCAAUGUAACGCGGGAGUUUGAGCGCCUGCAGAAAGAGCGAGGCCUGGGCAACGAAAAACACAGGAAAGAGGUAUCGGACCUCAUCAAAGAGUGCCGACAGGCACUAGCAGAUUGCCUGUUUGCAUGGACCUGCCAAUCACCUCUAGGUAAGGAUGACACCCUGGCCCUUGUUGCCCACCUUGAGACGGUGACAGUGGAAGCUGAUGGCUCAUUGGACAGCGUGAAUCUGGCUCUCGUCAUGGCACUGCUGUACUGUCUGGACGUCAGCUUCCUGGAGCAAGGAACAGAAGAUAGAGAAGACCUCCUCCAGGCCCUGCCCCUGCUGACAGAGAAGCAGUACGUGUCUGCAGUACACAGUCGUCUGGUGGAUGGGAGGCCCUGGAAGCUGCCUGGGCUGCAGGCUGUGUGUCGGCUGGCCUGGGCCCUGGCCCUGCAUGCCCUCUCCCAGCUGCCCCAGGGCUCAGCCCUGGCAGAGUUUACAGAGGCAGAUGAGGCACUGGCUGACCAGGCCCUGCUAGGAGGUGUCUUCCUCUUCAUGACAGAGGGCAUGCUGGGAUGUGAGGGCUUCACUCAUGAUGAAUUCUACACACGCCGCCUCCAUUCCCUCAUCACUGACUUCCUGGCACUCAUGCCCAUGAAGGUGAAGCAGCUGCGUAACCGUGCUGACGAGGACGCCAGACUGGUCCACAUGUCUCUGCAGAUGGGCAGUGAGCCUCCGUCCUCCCUGAGGAAAGACCUGGACCACCUCAUGAUCCUGAUCGGAGAGUUCUAUAGCAAGGACCCGUUUGGGCUGGAGCUGGCUCUGGAGUUCUGGUGCCACACUGAUUCGCUCCAGCACACCACCCUCCAGGGCUCCUACCUGGGCAUGGCCAUGCAGAGGCCCCCACACAAACAGGUGGUGCUGUCUAAAUUUGUGCGUCAGAUGGGGGACCUGCUGCCCCCCACCCUGUACAUCCCUUACCUGCGCAUGCUGAAGGGCCUGGCCAACGGCCCCCAGUGUGCCCACUACUGCUUCAGCCUGCUAAAGACCAACGGGGCCCCACACGGGGAUAACAUGCAGGUGACCGGCAGCCCUGUGUCCUGGGAGCACUUCUUCCACUCCCUCAUGCUGUACCACGAGAACCUGCGCCGAGACCUGCCUAAUGCUGAUGCCACACACUAUCGCCUCCCGCCAAUAAGGGGCAUCACACAGAGGGAGCUGGACGGCCUGACCUCUUUCCUGCAGCUGCUCUGCACCAUCAUUACCUGGAGUGAGAAUGCCCGCCUGGCCUUGUGUGAGCACCCCCAGUGGACUCCGGCUGUGGUGAUGCUGGGGCUGCUGCAGUGCAGUGUGCAGCCGGUCCUCAAGGGGGAGCUCUUGCUCUGCCUGGCUGCCUUUGGCAAGUCUCCGGAGAUAGCUGCCUCCCUCUGGCAGUCACUGGAAUACACUCAGAUUCUUCAGACAGUGCGGGCCCCUGGACAGAAACAAGCUGCUGGGAUUGAGGUGGAGCUGAAUGAGAUUGAGUCGAGCUGUGAGGAGUAUCCUCUGACCAGAGCCUUCUGUCAGCUCAUCAGCACAUUGGUCGAGAGCGCCCUGCCCGUCAACCUGGGGGCGGGGCUCCGUGCGCCAGGAUUCCAGCCCUACCUGACCUUCCUGCGCGACGCCGUUUUCCUUCCCUUCCCCACCAGAGCCUAUCGCCGUGCUGCUGAGAAGUGGGAGGUAGCGGAUGCUGUUCUGGAGGUGUUCCACAAGCUGCUGAGGGACUACGAGCCCCAGCCCUCAGACUUUGUCCAGGAAACAGUGGAGCUCCAGGGGGAGCAGGUGCUGGCCCACAAGCCCCCCGGCCACAGCCUCAUGUUCCACCUGCUCAACGACUCGCCCACCCUCACCCUCUGCCUCAGCCUGCUGGAGGAGGGCGUGCGUCAGCUAGACACCUACUCCCUCUUCCCUGGUAAAAAGCAGCUGGAGUCUGCGGUGUUGCACUGCCUGUGUCUUCUGGACCUGGCCCUGCAGAAAGAGGUGGUGUUCAUGGACCUGCUGAGGGAGAGCCAGGCCUCCCUCAUCGUCUCUCCCCUGGAGCAGCUCCUGCAGGGCGUCAGCGCCCAGAGCCGCCGGGCUGACCACAUCGUCAACAUCGCCAGGUACUUGUACCACAGCAGUUCCAACCCGGAGGCGGCCUUCCAGAGUGCUAAGAUCCUGCAGAGGAUCGCCCGCUACCCCAACAUCCAGAACAGACUGGUGGGAGACUUCACACACGACCAGACUGUGAGUGACAAGCUGAUGGCUGGCUUCGUGGAGUGUCUGGACAACGAGGGGGCUGAGGAGGGACUAGAGAAAGGAGACGACUCUGAGCCAGCGAAGAAGGAAGCGAGGAUCCGCCACGAGACCCAGAUCCACAUCCUGAACCUGCUGAUCACCUCCCUGGAACUGAAGACCCCCAACCUGGCUCUCUACCUGCUGGGCUACGAGGUCAAGAAGCCCAUCAACUCCACCAACCUGCAGGACGCAGGUGUGCUGGGGUGCCCACGGAGCUGCCUGCAUGCCAUCCUGAGUCUGCUGCAGAGAGGCAGUGAGAGACGCUCGGGACCCGUGCUCACCAGCCAGGCCCCACACCUGGCUGAGCUCUGUUACCAGGUGAUCUACCAGCUGUGUGUGUGCUCAGACACGUCAGGACCCACCAUGCGCUACCUGAGGACCAGCCAGGACUUCCUGUUCACCCACCUGCAGCACCUGCCCUUCAUCCUGCCAGGUGAUGAGAUCUCCGCCCUGUCCCAGAUGUCCUGGCUCAUGAAGACAGCGGCCAUCGAACUCCGAGUAACAUCACUCAACCGCCAGCGCUCACACACCCAGCGCCUCCUCAACCUGCUGCUGGAUGACCAGCCUCGCACUCAGCAUGCAGCGGAUGGGGAGACCGGCAUGGAUGAGAGCAGAUCUGUCAGUGGAUUCCUGCACUUUGACACAGUCUCCAAAGUGCGUAGGAAGCUCCUCAGCGUGCUGGAUGCCAUUAACUUCAGCCAGGAUGUGCCAGAGCUGCUGCAGCUGGACUUUUUUGAGCGCACUCAGAUCGAGCAGGUCAUCGCCAACUGCGAGCACGUCAACGAGCACGGACACACCGUCUGCAAUGUCAAGUUACUCCAUCGAGUCCUGGUGGCGGAGGUCAACGCCCUUCAGGGGAUGGCAGCCAUUGGACAGAGGCCACUGUUGAUGGAGGAGGUCAACUCCAUCCUGCAGCAGGUGGUGGAGAGGAAUCGUGUGCGUCGGAGCCUGAGUGCCAAGCGCCAUGCGCUGCAGUCAUGGAGAGGUCUGGUGGAGACCCUGCUCACCGCCUGCCCUGCAGACCUCAUCCCUGCAGACGACCGACAGAUCAUAAUCAGAGACCUGCUGCUGGACCUGCACGACAAGGUGUUGUCAGAAGACUCCGCAGGAGAGCUGAUGCCCAUAGUAGCCGGGGCUGUGUUCACCCUCACUGCCCACCUCAGCCAAUCGGUGCUGUCGGAGCAGCAGCAGGGGGCGGGGCUGGAGGGAGGCUCAUCGUCGGGCUUCGCCUCCAUCGCUAACUCUGCUCUGCACCUGAUCCUGAGGAAGCUGCUUGACUUCAUCCUCUGUACGGGUGGUGGAUUCCAGCGUCUGCGUGCACAUCUGUACGGCGCUCUGCUCUACUAUCUGCAGAUCGCCCAGAAACCUGAGGAGCCAGAUACACUGCAGCAAGCGGGGAAGUCUAUGUGGGAGCGUCUGACUGCUCCUGAGGAUGGUUUCUCCAAGCUGCAGAGGGAGAACCUGGCCAUCAUCGAGAGCUACGGCACAGCCCUCAUGGAGGUGGUGUGCAGGGACGCCUGCGACGGCCAUGAGAUCGGCAGGAUGCUUGCCCUGGCCGUGCUGGACCGGAUCUUGUCCAUAGACCGUCAGAGCCAGUGGCUGCUGUACGUGUGUAACAGUGGUUACCUGCGUGUGUUGGUAGAGAGCCUGAGGCAAGACGAUACAGCCCUGCAGACCCUGCUCAGCCCCCAGCCCCCGCUGCUCAAACCUCUCUACAUCUACGAGAGCAAGAUGGCCCUGUUGACACGAGUGGCUAAGACAGGCCAGGGGGCCAUGGAGCUGCUGCGCUGUGGUCUGGUGUCUCAGCUGGUGGAGUGUCAGGUGUUUGACAUGGUGCCUGACAGUGACUCACAUAGGGUGUUUGGUCAGAGGGACCCUUCAGGGUUCAUCCCCAGCCCUCUGGACCGCUACAGACAGAUCCUACUGCCUGCUCUCAGGUUGUUCCAGGUCAUCCUCACGUCCACCACCACACACCACCAGCAGGGGGCAACACAGGUCCUCCAGUGGCUGAUCGUCCAUGCCGACACCAUCCAAGGGCUGCUGCGCUGUCAGGAGCUCAGUAUGGGAGCGCUGCAGGAACUCUCCCUGCUCACAGGCAUCAUCAGCAAGACUGCCCUGCCAGGAGCUCUUGAGGGACAGGAUGUGAACAGUGCAGCUCUGCCGGAGUUCCAGGGUCACAUUAGCAGAUUUCAGCGUCAGUGUCUGUCUCUGCUGGGCCGUCUGGCGGGGAGUGAGAGGGAGCCUCUGAAGCAGGCAGAGAUUGCAGCCCCGGGGGACCCUGCCGAGCGACGGGAGGAGAUGGAGGUGGCCAUGCAACAGGUGUGUGCUAACAUCAUGGAGUACUGCCAGACCCUGCUACUGCAGAGCUCAGCCCAGGCCCAGUUCAGCAUCUGUCUCUUCAGCCCCUCGGUCAACGAACCAGCCAGCCGAGACGGCCACACAGACCUGGCCCUGCCAUCAGCCCUGUACUCUCGUGUGCCCAGCCUGGGUCUGGUUCUCUUCCUGCUGAAGAACAGCGCUGCAGACUUCUUCCGCUUCCACCAGAGCCAUAGACAAGCCCUGGGCAAGCUGCAGAGCCUGGAGCAGCUGCCCCCAGAAGAGCUCAAGGAGCUGUGCGCGGCCCUGGUGUCUGGUACUGGUGGAGUAGAGAAGAUCUCCUCUGUUCAGCGCAGCCUCUUGGCCAAGAGACGCCUGGUCCAGCUCAUCAACAACAGAGCAAAGCUGCUGGCCCUCUGCUCCUAUGUGAUUGAGACCUGCCUGUUUGUGAUGUGGCGCCACCUGGAGUACUACCUGUUGUACUGCACCCCCACUGACCCCAAAGACUCCCUAAUGCCUGGCGCCAGCGCCUACAGAUCACGCUUGACUGACGACUCGUUUGGACGUGCCCUGGGCCUGUCCCGAGUCAGCCAGCAAGACCUGGAACAGCUGCAGAGUGACAUGGGGGCAGGCUUCGGAGAGGCUCUACAGAGGAAGUUGCUGGAGGUGGAGGGGCUAUACAGCCAGGUCCGCUCUCGAUACACCUUCAUCCAGGCCCUGGUACGCAGGAUCCGAGGCCUGCUCCGCCAGCCCAAGAGCUGAGACACUCAGCGGCCCAUACAUACAACAGACCUUUACAAAAACACACUCAUGAAAUGUUAAAUGAAAGAUUUUUUUGGUUUGAUCAUAGCUUUUGGUGAUAUGGAUUUUUUUUUUCUAUUGUGAAAUUAAAAUACUUUUCUAAAAUGUAAUGAUUUACCAACUAA